GUUGAUCUUUAGUACUCCGUGUCUUAAAACUUGGAUACGUUUGUCUAAUUCCUUUACUACUAAUAUAUUCCUCUCAAAUUAAGUUUCUGCUCGAUUUGAGUUUGAUUUAUAUUAAUCGAAGGACGAGUAUUUAAGCAGAAAGCUCUUGUUAGAUCAUAUAUAGUCAACUAUAUAUGGCCGAUUUCUGGACCAUAAAUUAGUCAAUUUCAUUGGAUCAAACUAUAUAUCUUCCCAUUUUCGACCAUAUAUAUCAGCUCCUUCCUUCAAGCUACAGCAGAAAUUGAUCUCCAAACAAACAGAUCCCAUGGAAAUGGAACAACUACACGCAGCAGCUUUAGCAUACUACGACCAUGGCAGUAGCAUGGUCUUUCUUCAAAUCCAUGGACACAAACGUUGAUAACCGGAUCAGCUUCUCCGAGUUCAACGACUUUCUGGAACAAAGUGGCCACAAAUGGAUUCUUAACGACCCGAACUUCUUCAAAAGCUCGACCGCAACCGCGACGGUGGCCUGGACUUCGAGGAAGUGCUCACUUUCUACUACAUCAUCAAAGCAAGGUGUGUGAUGUGCCGGGGGUGCAGCGUCUACCUCUGUGGGUUGUACUUUACUUGCGUCGCGUGCUUUGAUGGUGCUGAUCACAACACUUAUGAUCUUUGUGCUGUUUGCUAUCGCAAUUGGAAUUUUAAUCACCAUCAUUCAUACUUCUUGGAUAAUCAUAUAUUGCUACGGGCCAAAAGAUGCAUUCCUCCUCCUCCUUCUUGUUCAAGUCAUCCGGCAAUGGCUCCGCAGCCACAGAGUUCUACGGUGAUUUAUAACAGUUAUUACGUUCAACCUACACCUCAGAGGAGAAAAUGGUACCAAGCAUUUCGUCUAUUGGAGGCCGGUCUUGCUACAGCAAAUUUGGUUACUAAUUGUGCUAUUAUGUAACGUCAUAACAUAAGUUUUUGGAUGCACAGUGACAGUGUUGAAAUUUGAAGUCUGUCUGCAGUAUCGUUUCCUGGGACUUUGAGACAUAAUGGUUUGGGUGUAUUCAUUUCAUUACUAGUACGUUGUCCGGUUAACUACAAAUGUGAUGCACUCUCCAGGGAAGUGGUACUAUUUAGCAUUGUAUCGUAUGGCUUCUCAUCUAGUUCGUCUGCCCCUUUUUCUAUGGACGGAGCUUAUAGGCAUAUUUUCAACAAUUGCACAAAAAUCGUCCAUAUUCAUUUGUGUUGGUUCAAUCAAAAUUAAGUUAUUUCCCCUUUUAGUGUACUGUAUACGAUUUUUGAUGGUGUUCUAAUACCUUGUCAUUGAGCGACCAAUAUCUACU